AUGCUUUCCCGGGCGGCGAGACCAGCUCUGCGAGCUGCGGCUGCGGCUCCCUCGCGAGUUACGGCCAGCGCGCCCACCAACGCUGCCAACUUCGCGACCCUCCGUGAAAUCGAAGGCCGCCUCAAGUCCAUUCGCAACAUCGAGAAGAUCACCAAGACGAUGAAGAUUGUCGCCUCGACCAAGCUCAACCGCGCCCAGAAGGCCAUGUCUGACUCUCGCGUCUACGGCGCCACCUCCAACGAGGUCUUCGACUCCGCCGAGACCAAGCCCCUCGAGGGCGAGGGCAAGAGAGAGCUCAUCAUCAUCUGCUCCUCCGACAAGGGUCUCUGCGGUGGUAUUCACUCUGGUCUCUCCCGUACCAUCCGUCGCGAGUUCGCCGAGAAGAACGCCACCGCCGACCUCGUCAUCCUCGGCGAGAAGUGCAAGGCCCAGCUUCAGCGCACCAACGCCAAGGACAUCCGUCUCUCCUUCGCCGGCGUCGGCAAGGACGUCCCCACCUUUGCUGAUGCCUCUGCCAUCGCCGACCAGAUCGUUCAGCUCGCUGGCGACUACUCCUCCAUCAAGAUCCUCCACAACAAGUUCAUCAACGCCACCAGCUACGAGCCUGUCACUAUUGAGGCAUUUUCCGAGGAGGCCAUCACCCAGUCUCCCAACUUCUCCGCCUUCGAGGUCGAUGAGGAGCUCAUCCCCAACCUCCGCGAGUACGCUCUUGCCAACUCCAUCUACUGGGCUCUGGCUGAGGGUCACGCCUGCGAGAUCUCUGCCCGUAGAAACGCCAUGGACAACGCCUCCAAGAACGCUGGUGAGAUGAUCCAGAAGUACCAGAUUCUCUUCAACCGUACCCGUCAAGCCGUCAUUACCGGAGAGUUGGUUGAGAUUAUCACUGGUGCCACUGCCUCCGAGGACAUGUAA